UCCAGAAUGACAGGCGGGCACCCGUAGGUAGUGAGUGAAUAUAUAAAAAAGCACGGACAGGAGUAUGGUGUCUGAGAUAUGAAGUCCGUCAACUUCUUAACGUACGUAGGUUAAGGUGCAAUUACCUCUGAGGUCCACUGUGUGUUUGUGUCCAGUGCACCAUCAGCCAUGCCUGUGACAUCUCAGCUGCUCAGGGCUUUGCCCCGUAACAAGGUAUUGGCCUCCACUCUGUUACCAUGCCAACUCCAGUCCCAUGUAGUGUCCAUCACCCAGCGACCAGCCUCAAGUCGGCCAUCCCACAUGUGGCAGAGUCACCAGCACUCAAGAAGUUUCCAGACAGCCUGUGCGCUCCAUAGCUACAUCCUCACACCUCCACAGGUCAACUCCAUUCUCAAAGCCAAUGAGUACAGCUUCAAGGUACCAGAGUUUGAUGGGAAGAACGUGUCAUCAGUGAUGGGUUUUGAGAGUAAUCAGCUGCCUGCCAACGCCCCUAUAGAGGACCGUCGCAGCGCAGCGACAUGUCUGCAGACACGAGGGAUGUUGCUAGGUGUCUUUGAUGGUCAUGCUGGCUGUGCCUGCGCUCAGGCGCUGAGUGAGAGGUUGUUCUACUACAUAGCUGUGUCUCUGCUGCCCCAUGACACACUGUGUGAACUGGAGGCAGCAGUAGAGAACGGCAGGGCCCUCAGUCCCAUCCUGCAGUGGCACAAACACCCCAAUGACUACUUCAGCAGGGAGGCUCAGAUGCUCUACUUCCGCAGCCUUCGAACCUACUGGCAGGAGUUGAUAGAUCUCACCAGCCCUGGAGAGAUUCCAGAAACUCGUGAGGCUUUGCUAAGUGCUUUCAAGAGACUGGACAGUGACAUUUCUCUAGAGGCUCAAGUUGGAGACCCAAGUGCUUUCCUGCACUACUGGGUUCUGAGAGUGGCCUUUUCUGGAGCGACAGCUUGCGUGGCUCACAUCGAUGGAUCUGACUUGUAUAUAGCCAAUUCAGGAGAUGCUCGGGCAGUUUUGGGGGUGCAGGAGGAGGAUGGUUCAUUCACCGCACACACACUCUCUAAUGACCACAACGCCCAGAAUGAGGAUGAGGUGUCUCGGAUACGAGGUGAACACCCUCCAUCAGAGAAAAAGACUGUGAUACGACAGGACCGGUUGCUCGGCCUCCUCAUGCCUUUCCGUGCAUUUGGGGAUGUAAAGUUCAAAUGGAGUAUUGAGCUGCAGAAGCGUGUGUUGGAGUCUGGACCUGAUCAGCUUCAUGAAAACGAGCACACCAAGUUUAUCCCCCCCAGCUAUCACACGCCACCUUACCUGACAGCCGAGCCCGAGAUCACGCACCACAAACUGCGACCACAGGAUCGCUUCCUGGUGAUCGGCUCCGACGGCCUGUGGGAAACCCUCCACAGACAGGAAGUGGUCCGUAUUGUGGGCGAGUAUGUAACUGGAGUGCACCAGCGUCAGCCGCUCAAAGUUGGGGGGUACAGGGUCACCCUGGGUGAGAUGCAGGGGCUCCUUGAAGAGAGGAAGGCUCACUUGUCUUCGGCAUUCGAGGAUCAGAACGUGGCGACUCACCUGAUGCGCCACGCGGUGGGAAACAACGAGUUUGGCACAGUGGACCACGAGAGGCUGUCAAAAAUGCUGUCGCUGCCUGAGGAGCUGGCCCGCAUGUACCGUGAUGACAUCACCAUCAUCGUCACUCACCUCAACCCUCACGUGAUUGGAGCACAGAGUCGAGACGUACCAUCCUGAGCUGACGUCGCACUGACGAGGACAACACUUGUGUAAAUAUGUACUGCAGCUCUAAACGUAAGCACACUCUGUGGACAAACAGGCCGUACUGACCAUUUGUUUUAACUCCAUUUGUGUACAGGAUUUGUAUGUUUUUAUUCGUUGUUACAGGAGGUCUGGUUUCUUAUUUAAAUCUGGAUUGAAGUCUCUUACAUAACAUGUUAUUUAAGAUGACAUUCUCCAUCAACCAUUUUAAUACGCAACUGCACACUUGACUGAGAAGCUGUUACAAACUAUUAUUUGUGCCAAAGGAUUCUACCACCUCAUUUACUGAAGAUGUAGAAAUUCCAAAGAGGGUUAAAUUAUUUUUUCCCGAUAUGAAAUCUAUGCCUGACAUAAAAAAAAAAAGACACUCUCCUUUUCUGUUGUCCAGCUGAGACAUAGUAUGCAUCCAAGACACAGUCUCUUUUACUCGUCAACUGUAUUUGCAUCUGAGGGGCUGAUGUGUACGACAGAUAGUGUUGCACCUGUUAAGUUGUUGUUGAAUUUUCACUUUGUUGUGUGAUAUUUUAUUUCUACCAUUCAGACAUACACAUUUUCUUUCAGUAUAUACCAUGUAGUGAGUAUUUGGAUGAUGAGGUUGCUGCCAGCACACUGGAUUUUAAGUUAAACUCAGCUGACGUUGAGCUUGCAUGAAUCGGACAUUCACAUCCACAUUGGAUCAGUGUGUGAAUACGUUAGAGUUACAGUUGAAUGUGUGGGAGUUAAGGGGUUCCCAUUCUUCGCAUGAUUACAGGGGAAUGGCAAAUGAGUGAGGGGAAAAAAAGAAUUCUGUUACAAUAUUUGACUGGGAAACCACUGAGAUGCAAUGUGGCUCAGCUGCUUACAGCUCAUGUUGGGAGCAGUAUUGAGAGAACUAAAAUAGACAGUGCUUCAUUUUUAAAAGGUCAUAAGCCAGAAAUGUUAAACCACUAAGCUAGAACUCGACUUGGGGUCAAAUCCAGUGUGCCGGAGUACAAAGAAAAACUCUCCAAAUAUUACUGUUUGGUUUU